AUGGAUCGGCGCUUCAACGAACUCCUGGCUAACUGGGGCCGGGUCCAGAAUCCGGUACUGGUGUAUACUCCAGAUCCGAAAGAGAUCGAGGAUUGGGAAAAGUCUCUACCCUACAAACUCGAGGACGUCUUUGACUUCACCGCUGGUCUAGGAGAGAAGGAGGUGGCGGCGAGAGAAGGAGAUCUAUCUACAGUGCAGCGCAUAUUCGAUCAGUUACGCGGUACCCCCUUCGGUGACUACUGGAUUUCACACUCAGCGAGUAUUGUGUUCAAUGCAGUUCGGAAUCGUCAAAGGGCUUCUACCAAAUAUCUUCUGAACCAAGGCUCUUACCCAAGUGAUUUCCUUGCUAAAAUUGCCGCCGAUAAUAAUGACCAGGCUCUGCUCGAAUUAUUCCUCAGGCAUGGAUGGGAUAUCAACGAACAGUUGAAAUGGUCAACUCCGCCGACAUUUGAGAUCAAGUCAUACUUCUAA